AUGCAGAGGGGUAUUGGUGAAUCCCUGUAUUCAUUAGCUCUAAAAUGCCUGAUAAGCCUUUCUACAAUCAUUCUCCUGGGGCUGAUUAUCAUUUACCAUGCAAGAGAGAUACAGUUAUUUAUGGUGGACAACGCAGCUGAUGACUGGAGGAUAGCCAUGACAUAUGAGCGCAUCUUCUUCAUCUGCCUCGAGAUCCUGGUGUGUGCCAUCCACCCCAUCCCAGGGAACUACACCUUCACCUGGACAGCACGCCUGGCCUACUCCUACGUGCCAUCCAAGACGGAUGCGGAUGUGGACAUCAUCCUGUCCAUACCCAUGUUCCUGCGGCUGUACCUCAUCGCUCGUGUAAUGCUGCUGCACAGCAAGCUCUUCACGGACGCCUCGUCCCGCAGCAUCGGUGCACUCAACAAGAUCAACUUUAACACACGCUUUGUGAUGAAGACCCUCAUGACCAUCUGUCCCGGCACUGUGCUGCUGGUCUUCACCAUCUCGCUGUGGAUCAUCGCUGCAUGGACUGUGAGAGCAUGCGAGAGGUACCAUGACAACCAAGACAUAACCAGCAACUUUCUAGGAGCCAUGUGGUUGAUCUCAAUCACGUUUCUUACCAUUGGAUAUGGGGAUAUGGUCCCAAACACAUACUGUGGGAAAGGAGUCUGCCUCCUGACUGGCAUUAUGGGUGCUGGCUGCACUGCCUUGGUAGUGGCUGUGGUGGCAAAGAAACUGGAAUUAACCAAAGCUGAAAAACAUGUUCACAAUUUUAUGAUGGACACCCAGCUAACAAAAAGAGUGAAAAACACAGCUGCGAAUGUUCUCAGGGAGACGUGGCUCAUCUAUAAGAACACGAAACUAGUGAGGAAGAUGGACCAUGCCAGAGUCAGGAAGCACCAGAGGAAAUUUCUUCAAGCCAUUCACCAAUUGAGAAGUGUUAAAAUGGAGCAACGCAAGCUGAAUGACCAAGCAAACUCACUAGUGGACCUUGCUAAGACUCAGAACAUCAUGUAUGACAUGAUAUCGGACUUGAAUGAGAGAGGAGAGGACAUGGAGAAGAGGAUUGCCCUGCUGGAGACAAAACUGGAGACUCUUCUGAGUAACUUGCAGGCUCUACCGGGACUCAUCAGCCAGGUCAUCAGCCAACAGCACAGGGACUUCCUGGAGGUGCAGCUCCAGCCUUAUGAUAAACACAGCCCUGAGCGCUCACAGUCAGUGUCCCGACGGAGGUCGUCCUCCACAGCACCGCCCACCUCCUCCGAGAGCAGCUAG